AAGUCAGAAACUUCGUCGCACUCAGCGAAAAUGGGCGAAAUGUGGAACAAACCGUAUAUGGGAAUAAUAAUCUUUUGCAUGGUGGUCAGCAAUGCAAUGGCCAUACCCACCGAGUUGGCCAGAUACACCCAAUUGGGACAAGGACCAUUACCGGAGGCCAACAACAGUGUAGUGAGCACCACGAAUAACCUGGGUGUUAAUCUGGACACGUCCUCUCCAGCUCCGGACUUUGAAUACGCCCUUCUGGGUGAGGAUCCAAAAGAUCAGCAAUGGUUUCGUGUUAGUCUUACCCCGAAAACCAACAAAACGGGCUUCCGGGCACAGUUCGCAACUAGGAAGCAUCCGCCCUUCGAUUCGCAAGUGGCCCAUCGGCACGAUAAGACCAUUCAGGAUCUACUCAACUGGCUGGACCGUUCCGAGGAUCAGAGUCUGUUGAAGGUUUAUCGUGACCUCUUGGCAUACACGCCGCAGGCAGAGCCAUCCCAGGAGUUUCCCCAUGGCAACGAAAUCGACAAAGAGGAAAAGGUGCCAAGGAAGCAGGGAUGCCAAAGACACGAUCAUCGACUUUUCCUUGUGGAAGAAGAGGGAACCAGCUCUACAACAUCAUCACCAUCAGGGCAAAGUCAACCCCAAUCGGCAAACAACUUGGUCUACUUCAUAAAGGGGCUUAAGUAACCACUAAAAGUUAUAGUACCACAGUUCGUUAACUUCACGUAAUGGUACAUUAAGCUAUAAAAUUAAACAGUAUUUAUAUAUUUAAAAUAAAGUAUUGCAGCAUAAUCAACAUUUUUCUA